GUAGCGGUACGUUCAACGUUUGCGUUACAUUUUAGCUUGAUUCGCUAUAUAUUUCUAUUUUAACUGUGAGACUCGCACAAGUGUUUCUCCAGUUCAAUAAAUUUAACCAAUAACUCUUUCACUAAUUAGUUAUGGUUAGUCAUACAAAAAAGCCACGAACUCAGUCACCUGUCAACGUGAUGACUAAUAGUAUAAAUAUGCUCGCAACGACGAGCAGCACAACUCCCACAAAGUAUGGAAAUGAGGCACACAGCUUGCCAAUACGCCGCAAGCGUCGAGCUGCCGGUUCACUACCAUCUACUGUGGCUGAAACUGAGGGCGAAAACUUGCUGACAAAUAGCAGUAGCAUCGCUUCUACAAACUCAGCACUUGGUCCUGACAUAAACCUCUUCACUUCACCCUAUGUACGUGUCACAAAACUUCAGAUUCCAAGUCCAGCUCCAACACUUACUUCAGAAAUAGAACGACUAAAGCUGGCUGUAGAAGAACUGAAGACUGAGAUGCGGGACAUAAGGUGUAGAAAAGAUAUGAAUGCAGGAUUUUCAGAAAAUUUGGCCAACUUAUCUGAACUAUCAACACAGGUUAGUGAUAUAAAAUCACAGGUCUGUGAACUUGCCCCUCUGAACAUCUUGACUAAGACCAUAAACCCUGGCGAACUUGACACAGAAUCAGUAUCUAAGAUAGACACCUUGAUAAACUUCAUCACAACAGAGGUUAUCAAAAGACUUGAUACUAAACUAAGUGUGAUUGUCUACAAUAUACCGGAUAAUGAGGGGUUGAAAAAGGUUCAAAGCAUCUUACUUAGGGCGGCGAAAAUGCCUAACUCCCAAACAAAAUGUCACAGACUGAAGAAGAGUCAGCACGACCACUGCUGUCCUAUACGCCUUCAGUUCGAAACGCAGACAGAGGCUAAAAAAUUCACCAACACACAACGUAUCCUAUUACAGGACACAAGCUACAAACAGGUAAAAGUUGUAGCAGAUAAGACAGUGAUUGAAAGGCGUGCUUACAAUCACCUUAAUAAACCAAAUGGCAGGACACCUCAAGCCACUAAAAUAGAUAUACACACUACCAACACGGUAGAACUCAUAGCCUCCCCCCUCUCUAAUCCCGUAAAAAUAGCUCCAGAGAAAAUGAAACCAAACGAAAGACUUGUGAGCUAUAGUCUUACUCCUAAAGUAACCUCUCCUCCCUCUACGGUGGAUCUAGAUAUGUCUAUGGACAGCCAUAAGAUGGUAAUCAAUCCCUCUUGUAAGCUGACAACAUCCUCUCUUAACCAAAACGUGACAACGCAAAUGGAACUCGGUAACAAAACAGGCCGAAAUACGCCACUUGUUGCGAAGAUUCCCCAACAUAUUCAGACUCCCAAGAAUAUCUCACGCUUUAAGGUAAAUAAUAUUCAAAAACAUACUAGCAACCAAACUAAAAACAAAAAUAAGGACAUAGAGCCCAAGGACAACAACGACACAACCUACUUGCAUACUGUGCCAAGUCACACUGGUAGCUGGUGUAGUGACGCUAUCACGCAAAGUAGCAAAAGUGACAACACUCGGAGCUCAGCCACCAGGCAUGACAUACAAACUAACUUUGGCAGAUUAUACGGAACAAGCCUUCUGGGAAACAAACCACAGUGUAGCUAUGCACAUAACGACACCCAUGUAAGGUCUCUUGGAAUGUCCACACACAGUAGGCAGAUUAACAAGUCAUGGGUAUCACAAGGUACCAAUGAUUUUUUAUCCAACACAUCCCUGUCAGCGCUAACCAAACAGCUGGUGGGGAUGUUAACCCUUCUGAACCCAUACCACCAACGUUGGCCCCCUAUCGGGAAGAAAACAGACAUGGGCUAGUACAUACGGAACUAUUAGUCACACCCAAAGACUGUACAAGCAUAUGCCAAAUAAAAACCUCAACCCAACUCUCCAACCUACCCAAGCCUAGAACCACGUCAUUGUAUAGUUUAUCUAAUAAUCAAACCCAUUACCCACUAAAAAAAACGGAUAGUAACUUGACAGACAUAGGUGGACAAACUAGUUGCAACACAGGGUUGAUAUGCCACGCGGAAACAGCGGAUGCCGAUCCACACUUGAACCUUAUUGACGAGCUUAAACACUUCAAACACUACUUCAAAUCUCAACUCUACUUAAUACUUAUUAAUGCUAGAUCUAUCCUUAACAAACUACCGAUGCUCAGGGCACACACGCUGGUAUACAAACCCCCUAUAAUCAUUAUUACGGAAUCCUGGUGUCACUCCAAUAUACCAGACGAAGAGAUAAGCAUCGAAGGGUACAUACACUUUCGCUGUGACAGGAAGAGUGGUAAGGGAGGAGGCUGCCUAAUGUACUUCCUGAACACACUUACUGUAUUACAGCUAGAAAAUAAGGAACUCAAUGACAUGCACGACACCCUGUGGGUCAACGUACACUUCAAAAGU